AUGGAGGUGCUAAACAAGAAGUGUAAAAGAGCUUUGAAUAACUUGUACUAUUGGAGUAAAUUCAAGCUGAAGGAUUUUUCAACUGAAAAGGAAAGUUUAAAAGUUGAAAUUCUUCAAAUUCAGGAAGAUGAAGCUAGGGAAGGGAAGUUGGAUAAUGAGAAGUUAUGGUUGCUGAGAUCUAAAGUUAAAAAGUUAAAUGUUAUUCUUAAUUGCUUAAACACUUGGUGGAAACAAAGGGCAAAGGUGAAAUUGGUUGAAGAAGGGGAUUCUAAUACAAAAUUCUUUCAUGUCUUUGCCAAUGGAAGAAGAAAUGCUAAUUGGAUCUACCAGGUGAAGAAUGCUAGUGGUAGGAUUUCUGAAGAUCCCAGAGAGGUGGAAGAAAUUUUUCUCAGAUUUUUUCAAAGAAAAUGGAGAUAUAGAAGCUGCAGUUUGGUAUUGCUGGAGAAAGAAAUUUCGGUGGAAGAGGUUAAGGAGGCUGUUAUGAGGUUGGGAAAUAACAAAGCUCCUGGCUGUGAUGGGUUGACUCAUUCCUUUUUCAAAGGGUAUUGGGAGAUUAUUGAAGGGGACGUUUGCAAGGCGGUUACUUUGUUCUUCUCUUCGGGCAAGAUGUGUAAAGAGUGGAAAGACACUUUAGUAGUGUUGAUUCCUAAAAUGAUAAUGGUGAUCCCAAAGAUCAUCUCAGAAGAACAGGUUGCUUUUGUGAAGGGGAGAUCUAUCUCUGAUCAUCUUUUAUUAGCUCAAGAGUUCUUCAACAAGUUAAGAUUUUCAAAGGCUGUAAGUAGGAGGAAGAGGAAAAUUUCAAAGCUACUGGGGAUCAAAUUGGAAGAAGAAUUGGAGUAUCUAGGGAUAAAGAUUUCUUUAAGAAGGUUAAGGAUAGUUGACUUCCAAAUACUUCUGGACAAAUCUCUGAAAAGGCUCAAUGCUUGGGGAAAUAGGUUUAUUUCUCUCGCUGGUAAGCUUAUGUUGGUGAAAUCUGUUCUGCUUGCACUCCCGAAUUUCUUGAUUGCUCAUUCAUUAGUUCUCAAGCGGAUAUUGUAUGAGUUAGAAAGAUAUUGUAGAGAUUUUAUUUGGCAUAAGAUGGAUGGAAGUCGUGGCUUGCAUUAUGUGAGCUGGGAAGUGUUGUGUCGACCGAAGCAGUGUGGUGAAUGGGGUGUUCAUGCUGCAUUCGAUAGAAUGGGACCGCUUAGAGCUAAAUUUGCUUGGAAUAUUAUGGAGAAUCCUAAUUCUCUGUUUAACAGGAACGUUUUAGCCAAAUAUGGUGAUAAUUGGUGGAAAAUGGAGGAAGCUAGAGGUGGUUCUAAUUCAUGGAAGAUUUUGAUGAGUGGGUGGAAAGUUCUUAAAAAUUUCUUAAGGUGGAAGGUGGUUAAUGGUGCUAACAUUGAUGUCUUAAAAGAAGGUUGGAUUAUGGAUAAAAGCUUAUUGAAGUGGCCUACAUUUGUGGGUAAUUUAGAAGUCGAUGACAUAAAACUGAACUAUUUCAUUGAUAAUGGCAACUUGGAUUUCUCAAAGCUCAGAAACUGCUUCGGGGAGAACUUGGUAAGGAUGAUUGAAGAUGUACAGAUUUUUGAUUCUCUGCAUGAAGAUCAAAUGGAACUGAAGCUGCAUUUUAUGGGUAAAUCUUUAUCUGCUUUAUUAAUGGAAAGUAAAUACAAAUAUGAUUUGGCACAUGAUGAUAUUACCUGGAUUCAUAAAUUGAAUAUAAAUGAUAAAGUAAAGUUGUUUCUUUGGCGUAUCUGUACUGAUGUAAUUCCAACUGAAGUUUUUUUGUUUAAGAGAAGGAUUUCGGGGAACAUUCUUUGUCCCAUUGGAGUUGGGGACUUAAAAUUACUGCUUACAGCAGCUUUACAGAUUGGUUUCAGGUGCGCUGAGAUGAUUGCUGCUUUUGUAAUUAGCUUUUACAGUUCUUCUAAUCAAGGUGUUUAUCGCUCAGAUCACUGGGAUGCUUAUCGAUCUGAAUGGUUGCUCUCAGAUUAUUGGCAUCCCCCUCCACCUGAGUGGUUAAAGCUCAAUUUGGAUGCUUCUCUUAAAGAGAACUAUGAUGCGGGGUUAGGAGGGGUCUUAAGAGAUGACAAAGGGAGAUUUAUUUUUUGCUUUUGGGAGGAAAAAAAGGCAUUGGGACAUUGCUUGUAUGGAGUUAUCAGCUUUCAAAUCUGUGAAAGUGGUGAUGCAAUAGUGGAUUUAUAUAGCUAA